UCAGGUGAUCGGUGCUGUGUGUACGGAGCUGAGCGGAGAAGAUGCACGAUGGCCCGCUGGCAAUGUGACGGGCUGCUGGGCUCUGUAUUCUCCGCUCCUCCCGGGAUUCCCGGCUGGAUGAUGAAGAGCUAAGCUGCCUCCAUCCCGCCGCCCAGCAACUGCCAUCUCUGAGAACGUCUCUCCAUUCAUCCGGGGUGCGCCCAUCGCCGAAUCCGCCCCCCGAUCUCUGCCCAUCGAUCUGUGGCUAUUGAUCGCCGAUCUCAGGCAGCACGUGUACAUCUCCGGAGCCAUGGGGCUCUGCUACAGCCUCCGGCCGCGGCUGUUCGGUGAUCCCAGCGGCUCCAUCUCUAACGCCGCCACCAACUCAGACACCGAGCAACCCCCGGAGCUGUCAGUGCCUAUGAGAGCCGGGGAUCUGAGGCAUGGAGAUCUGCACCGGACAGGGACCCCCUCCGCCGGGGCACAGCAACAGCAGCAGCAGCUCAGGGACGGGCAACCUCGCCGGGGGGAGCUGUGCAAAGCGGCCAAAGGGGACAGUCCAGACGGGCUACUACUACUACUACAGAACGGGGGAGGCAGCGGACCCGGGGACAGCAAGCAGCAGCCGCAGCAGCACAAGCCCAGCAAGGGCCAGCAGGCGCAGCAGCAGCAGGUGCAACAGCAGCAGCAGCAGCAUCCUCUGCAGAAGGGAUGGGACAAACUCCGACUGGAGGAGAAGGAGGCUGAGAAGGAGGCCAAGAAAGUCAGCAAGAGCAUAGAUCGGGUCCUGAAGGAGCAGAAGAGGGAGUACAAGCAGACCCAUAGGCUGCUCCUCCUAGGUGCUGGUGAGUCAGGGAAAAGCACGAUUGUGAAACAGAUGAGGAUCCUCCAUGUCAAUGGAUUUAAUUCAGAGGAAAAGAAGCAGAAAAUUCAGGAUAUUCGGAAAAAUGUUAAAGAUGCCAUUGUGACUAUAGUAUCUGCAAUGGGCACCUUAAUACCUCCAGUUCCACUGGCGAAUCCUGAAAACCAGUUCCGCCUUGACUACAUCAAGAGUAUAGCUCCACUGUCAGACUUUGAUUACACACAGGAGUUUUUCGAACAUGCACAAAAGUUAUGGGAUGAUGACGGUGUGAAAGCUUGCUUUGAGAGGUCAAACGAAUAUCAACUUAUCGACUGCGCACAAUACUUUCUAGAAAAAAUUGAACAGGUCAGACAAAAUGACUACACACCGACAGAUCAGGACUUAUUAAGAUGCAGAGUUUUGACAUCAGGGAUUUUUGAAACGCGAUUUCAAGUAGACAAAGUUAAUUUCCAUAUGUUUGAUGUAGGAGGGCAAAGAGAUGAGAGAAGAAAGUGGAUCCAAUGUUUUAAUGAUGUCACAGCUAUCAUUUUUGUAGUUGCCAGUAGCAGUUACAAUAUGGUCAUACGGGAAGAUAAUAACACAAACCGACUACGAGAAGCACUGGACCUGUUCAAAAGUAUCUGGAACAACAGGUGGUUACGAACUAUUUCUGUAAUUUUGUUCUUGAACAAACAAGACAUGUUGGCUGAAAAAGUCUUGGCAGGAAAAUCAAAAAUAGAAGAUUACUUCCCAGAAUAUGUGCGUUACACUGUACCUGAUGAUGCGAUACCGGACGCAGGAGAAGAUCCCAAAGUGACCAGAGCUAAGUUCUUCAUCCGAGAUGAAUUUUUACGGAUAAGUACAGCGAGUGGAGAUGGAAGACAUUACUGCUAUCCUCAUUUUACCUGUGCCGUAGACACUGAGAACAUUCGCAGAGUUUUCAAUGACUGUCGAGAUAUCAUCCAGAGAAUGCACCUCCGCCAAUAUGAACUCUUGUAAUCAUUUUCACUGUGGAGCCUGUGGUUUUAAAUCCUUUGCCACUUUCUGUCUCUUUCCUCUGUACUGCUCCACACAGGGUGGAACAUCCCUACAGCGCACUUUUUUUCUAGGCUUCUUUGCUUUUAUUUUAUUUUUUUUUGUUACCAAUGUCUCAUUUUCCCUUUAUGAAAGAGGGCAGCUGAAGUCCUUGUAUAUUUAUUUUUUUCACAGGACACUUUUUUUUUUUUCCUAACCAUUCCUCUGUAUAAUUACUGCUCAUUCCCCUUACUAAGGACCCUAUUGGUCGCUAUCUGGGCAUAGAUUAUGGCAACGCCUGCACCUUUAGUGAAUUUAGCAGAUCUCACCUACAUAGCCACCUGUGCAGAAGACAGGGCCAGAAGCCAUUUCUACGUUCUUUAAGGUAGUAUGCCCCCAGACUAUCACUUCUGCAGGUACAACAAAAAUCACUGUACACCCCUUACUGCUAGGCUGAGCAUGCAGUGGGUAGGUGAUUCACUUACUCCAACCUUCUGCUAGAAAAGACUAGGGUUCCUCGGCUUACUAAUCUAUUUAGGACAUAUUUGAUUUGACUUUCUGUAAGCACAACAGGAUGAUUCCGUAGGGUAAAGAGGUUUGUGCAAAGUACAGCAAGCCAUAGCAACGUAUCAGAAUUCAUCUCACUGAUCUGAUUGUAGUAAAAUGAAAUCCUACGGGGUAACUGCAUUUUGCACAUCAUCAUCAUCAUUGCUUUGUACGGCUUUACAGAUGGAGCCAAUGAGUGCAUCUUUUAGUAUGUGUUGCAUUUGUGGCGAAUAAGAAAGUCAACAUAGUCUGUUUUAUAUACCAAAAGAUUAGUGUCCAUUUAAAAGCGCUAUCCUCACAAGUUAAUAGGAAGACUACAAUUACCGGUCUCCUGAGUGUAGACAGGAAAGAAAACAUUAGCUGUUUUUAGAUGGGGGUCCCUAGAACCCCCUCUUUGUGGGAACGUCACAUGACUCUUGUAACUAUGAAGCUCAUGUCCAGUGGUUUACAUCGUAGCAGGAUCAUUCUGAUGGUUCCAGUGUGGUUCCAAAAAGCAGUAAGUGAUAUGCGACAGGGAUUCACAUUUAAAAACGAGCAGCGAUCUUGGAUGUUCACGGGGUGACCAGGACCGUGACCUAGGAGAGGUGUACAGACAGGCAAUAUCAAAACUCAUAGUAAAUAGAAGACUGCACCUUUUAAUAUUAUUAAAUAUAUGUAUGAUAGGGCAAUGGACACCACCCUAUUAGAGGUCGGGGUGAAACGCACUGAUUGGAGUAGUGUGCUUUAGGAAAAAUAAACUCUUCAAAGGAGGAGGGACAAACAUUUGUUUGAGCAGUAGCUUUGCUUUAAGUGGCUCUCUGAACAAGAAAGGUUACCAUUCCACUAAGCCUUUGGCUACCUCUGUUCUUUAGCAUUAUAUUUUAUUUUUUUACCUCUUUUGGGCUCAUGCCCUUGGAGUGUACACCCAUCUUUUAGAUGGCACUAUGCUCAGACUUAUUCCUGUGUGGAUUUUAUUAUCUUAUUAUAGCUAUUUUUACUUUACCAUGACACUGAAGAGUACUUGAUGGAGGAAAUAAGAAAUAAUGCACUUUGUAUCAGGUUAAAAAAAAAGAAAAAAAAAAAAAAAAGAGUAGAUGAAGUUACACACAAUGUAGCAGCACCAGAGAUAUUUAUUAUUGUCACAGAUCUUUGCAAUGGUGAGUUGCAGGUCAACAGAGUGACCUCGGCUCGUGAACACCUUCAGGUGGAGGAGGGAGCUUGUGGUCCAUUGCAGAGCAGUGGACUGCAAGCCUUCGGUGACGCGGAGUUUAAAGGACGUUCCAGAAUCCAUACAUAGUGUAGGUUAACGAAGAAGCAAAGUCAAGCUUUUUUUUUUUUUUUUUUUUACAUUUUUAUGGUAUAUUGUGGCUAAGUGUUUCUGCACACCUCAGGCAUUCAAACUGCAGCUGCUUUCAGCCUCUCACGUCAAGGCAGAAAAGAAAAAAAAAAUGACCACCUGCACCGAUAUUAUAUGCUUUGUCCACAGAUGAUCUUUUUAGCCUUAGAUCAUUACUGGGCUUUAGUCCUUCAUAGAGUUUUUUUUUUUUGUUUUUUUUUUAUUUUGUUUAACUGCUGGUUUAUUAUAAUGUACAGAUGUAAAAUGUAAUAUUAUUUUGUACAACUUUAUUGAAAAAAAAAUAAUACUUGUAGAAGAUCUUUGUGCCUUGAUUAUGGCUGUACCUGUAAAAUGAGCUAAGAUGUAAGUAUGUUUUUGAUUGCGCUGUACAGCUUGAUGUCAAACUUGCCUGCAGCUGUGACUGCAGGUAGGAACUAUCUGUAGAAUUUAGUUUUUUUUCUGGUUUAUAUAAAAGAAGGAAAUGCUCUUUAGUACAAAAAAAAAAAAAGAAAACAAAAAAAAAAAAGUAUAAAUUAUGCAAAUUAACCACUUACCUUUACAAGUAAGGUCCUACAAUGACCAGUUGUUGCAGCAAACAUGCCUUUUUUUGUUUUCCUUCUGUUAUAUGUGCAGGCACGGGAAGGAGGUGAAGAAGUCUCAGCUUUAAAAAAAAAAAAAAUCUAUUGGAAUCCAUUUCUUUGUUCAUAUUUGCAGCCUAGUGGUGUUUUAGUGGGAACCAAGGAGUUUUUUUUUUUUUAUUAUUAAUUUUUACAUUUCUUUUAGGAACUUUUUGAUCAUAUUUGCAUGGAUUCAACAUUCCCAGUAUUGCCACAGAGAUACUGUCAAUGUUACCUAAUGGCAGCAUCAGUUUAGGCUUGCUCCAUUUAUGGCAGCAGUGGAUGUUGUGUAAGCCUAUAGCACGAUGAGGAGGGUAAACAAAAAGGUGGAAAUCUUUGUCUAACCUGAUAAAUUUACAAGAUGACAUUUUAAUUUCUCUUUUAAUAAAGAGACACAUUAGAAAGUUGGUUUAUUUUAAAUAUUA